UAUCUUGGUUGGUUGCAUUUGCUUUUCAGUUUCCUUUGAGUGAUUAUUAAUGGGUUGUUUUCUCCUGCUUGAAUUUUCUGUAUUUGCUUCCUCAUCCUUGGUUCGUGAUUCACGCUCUACGUUCUGCCUACUUCCCUAGCCUUCACGUUUCAUUGGCAAACAUUGAUCUGGGUCUUCGUGUUCAAGGCUUGUAGCUGCUUAUUCACUUUGCACUUUUAAAUUAGAGGAGUAAAGAGAGCGUUGAUUUGACUUUCAUCUUCCUCAACCAUGAUUCAUUCGUCACGCUCUAUAUUCUGCCUACUUCCCUACCCUUCACGUUUAGGUUCCAAACUUUGAGAUGUGGCUGUUCGUACGUAUUCAAGUCCAGUGACUGUUUUUUCGCUUUGCACUCGGAGUAGAAAGAGAGGCUCUACAUUCUGCCUACUUCCCUACCGUUCACAUGUCAUUGCCAAACUUUGACCUGGGUCUUCAUAUUCAGGUCUCGUAACUGUUAAUUCGUCUAGAGGCAUGACUGGAUGGAUGAUGAAGCAAUACAUUAAGGUGUGAAGGUCAAGCUCUAAAUCAUGAUUGGUGUGGUCAAUCAGUCAGAUCUGUUCCAACUUCGUUGGCACUUCGCCUAAGCAGGUUUGAUUUUCCAACUUCAUUCUAGAUAGUGACCUCUUUACUCCAGUCCAUCAGCAUACUAAGGAGAGGGUAUUUCCUUACUAAUUAAUUCCCAUUGCAAUUUCUGCUUUUCUUUUUCUUGGUUUUGAGUUUGUUGCUUUCCUUCCACAUUCGCCACCCAAAAGAAUUAAACGAAGGAGAAAAAUAAAGCCAAAAAAAAAGGAAAAGGGAGAAAGAUAUUGAAACAGGAAUGGACACUCUUGGUGUGAUUGCUACUGUGAUUGUUGUCGUUGCUACUGCGGUGGCAACACAAAUUGGCGAGUCCAUUCGACAGUGGCUCAUCGAGAACGUGGUUGAUCCAUUUGGUCAGUUUCUCAUUGAAAAACUAGUUAAACCUGUUGGACAAUGGCUGGGUUAUUCGUUUCACUAUAGCAGCAACAUUGAUAAUAUGAAGGAACAGGCAGAGAAGCUGGGGGAGCUUAGAGAAAGGGUGAAAAAUUCAGUUGAUGCUGGUAUAGGAAACUGCGGUGAAAAUAAAGCUGAUGUUAACAGGUGGUUAGAAAAUGUGGAUGUGAUUAUGGGGAAGGUUAGGAAAGUUGUUGAAGAUGAAGCAAAAGCAAAGAUUAAAUGUUCCUACGGGAUAUGCUUGAACUUGAAGCUACGACAUGAGCUAAGUAAGAAAGCAAAGAAGAUAGCGAAAGAUAUUGAUGAAGUCUUGGAAAAUGGUGGAGUUGGUAAGGUUUGCAAUAUGGAUUACAUGAGCUUUAACUCAAGAAUGCCAACUCUGAAUGGACUUACGGUGGCACUGGGAAAUGUUAAUAUCAACAUGAUUGGAGUGUGGGGAAUGCCAGGUGCAGGAAAGACUACACUUGUGAGAGAAGUUGUUUGGCAAGCCAAAAACGAAAAGUUAUUUGACAAGGUUGCUAUGGCAACUGUGACGCAAAGCCCAGACCUAAGACAAAUUCAAGGAGAAAUUGCGGAUAUGCUAGACCUUAAGUUUGAUGACGUUGAGACUGUACCUGGAAGAGCAACUCGUCUACGAGAAAGGGUAGAAAGAAACAAGAAAGUACUUGUUAUCCUAGAUGAUAUAUGGAAUAAACUUGAUUUGGAGGCGAUAGGAAUUCCUUGUAAUGGGUGUAAAAUAUUGUUGACAUCCAGAGAUAGAGAUAUAUUAUCUUGUGAUAUGAACACGCAAGAAAAUUUUGAGCUUGAUGUUUUACCCCAACAUGAAGCAUGGAGUUUAUUUGAGAAGAUGGUGGGUGAUUCUCUCAAAGAUUCUAAUUUGAGAUCCAUCGCAACGCAGGUGGCUGAAGUGUGUGCAGGUUUGCCUCUCGCACUUGUAACAGUUGCAACGGCAUUAAAAAAUAAGAGUUUGUUUGAAUGGAAAGAUGCCUUACAGCAACUAAGGAGGCCCUCCCCUGUACACCUCACACGAAUGCAGGACUCUAUAUAUUCAAAAAUAGAGUUGAGUUACAAACAUCUUGGAAGUCCAGUGGUCAAGUGCUUCUUUUUACUAUGUAGUCAAAUGGGUCCCACCAUUUUUUACAUGGACUUGGUAAAAUACUGUUUUGGCCUGUGUUUAUUUCCUGGCAUCCUUACAUUGGAAGAAGCUAGAAAUAAAGUGUAUACUCUGGUUCGAAGCCUCAAAGACUCUUGUUUGUUGCUAGAAGACCCUCGUACAAGCAACUAUGUCCGCAUGCAUGACCUUGUUCGUGACGUCAUAUUAAUUGCCAAGGCUGAAAAUGUGUUCUCGAUGAGAGAUGAUGAUCCAGUAAAAUGGCCAGAUGAAGAUGCACUAAAAAUGUGCACAUCAAUCUCAGUUUGUUCUAGGGAUAUCCAUGAACUUCCUGGCGGCUUGUUAUGUCCGAAGUUAAAAUUCUUGUACGUGCAUGGCAGGGAUCGAGAUUUUAAAAUUUCAGAAACUUUUUUCAAAGGAAUGAGAGAGCUCAAAGUUUUAGAUUUAACUAAAAUGAGACUUUCAUCUCUUCCUUCAUCAAUUACUCUCCUCGCAAACCUACAAACAUUGUGUCUGGAUCAAUGUGUUUUGAAAGAUAUUGCAGUGAUUGGAGAGUUGAAAAAUCUAGAAAUUCUCAGCCUUCUUAGCUCCAAAUUAACACACUUGCCACAAGAAAUAGGUCUCUUGACUCAUUUACGGUUGCUGGAUUUGAGCGAUUGUACCAUACUUGAAGUGAUUCCACCCAACGUCUUAUCAAACUUGAUACAAUUAGAAGAGCUAUAUGUCGGCAAUAGCUUCACUCAGUGGGAGGUUGAAGGACUCAAUAAUGAAAGAGCUAGCCUUGCAGAGCUAAAGCAUUUGUCACCGUUGACUACUUUAGAAGUGCACAUUCCAUAUGCCAACAUGUUGCCAAAAGAUCUGUUAUUUGAGAAGUUGCAAAGAUACAAAAUAUUCGUAGGAGAUGCGUGGGAUUGGUCUGAUAAACACGAAAACUCAAGAGCACUAAAACUCAAGUUGAAUACAAGCUUUCAUUUGGAGAGGGGGAUUAAAAUGUUGUUGAAUGGUAUUGAAAAUCUGUGUCUGGAUGAGUUAAAGGGUGUUAAGAGCGUCAUCUAUGAAUUAGACAUGACAGGCUUCCAACAACUGAAGCAUCUCCAUGUCCAAAACAAUGACGAGAUCAAGUACAUCAUCAACUCGAGAAGGAUGGUUAUGUCUAAUGUUGUCUUUCCUGUCUUGGAGACACUUUCUCUCAAAAACAUGAUCAACUUGGAAGAAAUAUGUCAUGGCCAAAUUCCCUCGGCAUCCUUCCGUAACUUAAGCAUUAUGAAAGUGGAACAUUGUCAGAAACUAAAAUUUAUCUUCUCGUCAACCAUAGCCAAGGGCCUUCCACAACUUCAAGAAUUGGUGAUACAAGAAUGCAGCAUAAUGGGUGCAAUAAUCAUAAAAGAAGAGGGCGAAAUAGAAGACAGAGAUAUGAUCUUGCUCCCUCAAUUGCGUCACUUAGAACUCCAUCAGCUUCCAAAACUCGUGAGCUUUUUAAGCACACAAAAGUCAGUCAUAAAUGAUGCUGGAGAAAUCAUUCCCGAAUGCGAGCUGGAUUUUCACAUGCCAAUCCUACAGGAACAGGUUUUGCUCCCCAACUUGGAACCAAGAUUUCAAAAUUUGUUUUUCUUGAACUUGAAAGGCUCUGGCAAUUUAAAAUACCUAUUGUCUUCCACUACAGCGAGAUCUAUGGUUCAGCUCAAAUUUCUUUACAUUGAUGACUGUAAGGUAAUGGAAGAGAUACUACUCGCAGAAGACUUAGGAGAAGAACAAAUAAUUCCAGAGGUGUUGUUCCCUCGACUGGAAGGCCUGCUUCUAAAAGAUCUUCCUGUCCUCAAAAGAUUCUGCAUGGGGAGCAAAAUCAAAUUUCCAUUCUUGAAGAGUAUGGUGAUAUAUCAAUGCCCUAAAUUGGAGUCAUUCAUAUUCAAACCUGUUAGUUCAAAGGAGAUGAAUUCAAAGGAGAUCUCCCAUACUGCCAUGCAACCUCUCUUCAAUGAAAAGGCUGAAUUUCCCAAUUUGGAGUCAUUGAAAAUCUGCCAUAUGCCUAACCUGAAAAUUAUAUGGCAUGACAAAUUCGCCCCUGGCUCUUUUACAAAGCUUCAGUUGAUGAUGGUUGAAUUCUGUGAAAGUCUGAUGAACAUCUUCCAAGUUAAUAUGCUUUCUAGAUUCCAGAGCAUGGAGACACUUGUAGUAGAUGAUUGUGAUUCGCUAGAAGAAAUAUUUGAACUACAAGGGCAAGAAGUUACGGAAACACAUGCAGUAACAGUCACUCAAUUGAAAAAAUUAUAUAUACGUCGUCUACCAAAGUUGAAGCGUGUAUGGAAUAAGGACCCCCAGGGAAUGUUCUCCUUUCCAAAUCUACAAAAAAUACAAGCUUUGAAGUGUGAGAGUUUGAAGAGUUUGUUUCCAACCUCAGUGGCCAAAUGUAUCCCGCGAUUGGAAGAUCUUGAAAUAGCCAAAUGUGGGAUUGAGGAAAUUAUUGAACAGGAAGAAGGUGCAAAAGAAGAUGCAAGAUUUGUGUUCCCUAAAUUGACUCUCGUGAUACUUCGAAAGUUGUCAAAGCUCAAGUGGUUUUACCGAGGGGUGCAUACUUUGGAAUGGCCGUUAUUGAAAACCUUGGAGGUGUCUGGAUCUAAUGAAAUUCAGAUAUUUGCUUCAAAAAAUUAUAGAAUUCAAGAACAAGAUGAACAGAUUCAACUAGAGACAUCCAUUCAACAACCACUUUUCUUGGUUGAAGAGGUUGCAUUCCCUAGUUUGGAAACAUUGUCUUUGGAUGAGUUAAAGGGUGUUAAGAGCGUCAUCUAUGAAUUAGAUAUGACAGGCUUCCAACAACUGAAGCAUCUCCAUGUCCAAAACAGUGUCGAGAUCAAGUACAUCAUCAACUCAAGAAGGAUGGUUAUGUCUAAUGUUGUCUUUCCUGUCUUGGAGACACUUUCUCUCAAAAACAUGAUCAACUUGGAAGAAAUAUGUCAUGGCCAAAUUCCCUCGGCAUCCUUCCGUAACUUAAGCAUUAUGAAAGUGGAACAUUGUCAGAAACUAAAAUUUAUCUUCUCGUCAACCAUAGCCAAGGGCCUUCCACAACUUCAAGAAUUGGUGAUACAAGAAUGCAGCAUAAUGGGUGCAAUAAUCAUAAAAGAAGAGGGCGAAAUAGAUGACAGCGAUAUGAUCUUGUUCCCUCGAUUGCGUCACUUAGAACUCCAUCAGCUUCCAAAACUCAUGAGCUUUUUAAACACACAAAAGUCCGUCAUAAAUGAUGCUGGAGAAAUCAUUCCCGAAUGCGAGCUGGAUUUUCACAUGCCAAUCCUACAGGAACAGGUUGUGUUCCCCAACUUGGAAACGUUGGAACUGUCCUCUGUACACUCUGAAGAGAUACUACUGCACAACCAACAUUGGCCAACCUCCUCUUUCAAAUCUACAAACAUACAAACAGAGUCGAGAUUUAAAAAUUUGUGUAACUUGAAGGUGAAAGGCUCUGGCAAUUUAAAAUACCUAUUGUCUUCCUCCACAGCGACAUUUAUGGUUCAACUCAAAUAUCUUUUCGUUGAGGACUGUAAGGCAAUGGAAGAGAUACUACUACUCACAGAAGACUUAGGAGAUGAAGAAAUCAUUACAAAGGUGUUGUUCCCUUGCCUAGAAGGCUUGGUUCUAAGCGAUCUUCCAGUCCUCAAAAGAUUCUGCGUAGGAAGAAAUAUCAUAUUUCGAUCAUUGAAGCAGAUGGUGAUAGAAAAAUGCCCUAAAUUGGAGACAUUCAUAUUCAAACCAGUUAGUUCGGAGGAGAUAUCCCAUACUGCCAUGCAACCUCUCUUCAAUGACAAGGUUGCAUUCCCUAGUUUGGAAAAAUUGGCAAUUGUGCACGUGAAGAACUUGAAAAUCAUAUGGAAUAAGGACCCUCAGGGAACGUUCUCCUUUCAAAAUCUACAAAAAAUAGUAGUUAGGGAGUGUGAGAGUUUGAAGAGUUUGUUUCCAACCUCUGUGGCCAGAUGUCUCCAGCAAUUGAACGAUCUUCAAAUACACGAAUGUGGGAUUGAGGAAAUUAUUGAACAAGAAGAAGGUGCAAAAGAACAUGCGAGGUUCGUGUUCCCUAAAUUGACUCUCUUGAUCCUUCGACAGUUGCCAAAACUCAAGUGGUUUUACCGAGGGGUCCACACUUCAGAUUGGCCAUUAUUGAAAACCUUGGAGGUGUCUGGAUCUAAUGAAAUUCAGAUAUUUGCUUCUGAAAAUUAUAGAAUUGAAGAAUCAAAUGAACAGAGUCAACUAGAGACAUCCAUUCAACAACCACUUUUCUUGGUUGAAGAGGUUGCAUUCCCCAAUUUGGUAUCAUUGAGUCUCUCUCAUAUGCCUAACCUUGAAAUUAUAUGGCAUGACAAAUUCGCCCCUGGCUCUUUUACGAAGCUUCAGACCAUGGAAGUUGGGGAGUGUGAGAGUUUGAAGAGUUUGUUUCCAACCUCAGUGGCCAGAUGUCUCCAGCAAUUGAAUGAUCUUCGAAUAUACGAAUGUGGGAUUGAGGAAAUUAUUGAACAGGAAGAAGGUGCAAAAGAAGAUGCGAGAUUUGGGUUCCCUAAAUUGACUCUCUUGAGACUUCGAAAGUUGUCAAAGCUCAAGUGGUUUUACCGAGGGGUGCAUACUUCGGAAUGGCCGUUAUUGAAAGCCUUGGAGGUGUCUGGAUCUAAUGAAAUUCUGAUAUUUGCUUCAAAAAAUUAUAGAAUUCAAGAACAAGAUGAACAGAUUCAACUAGAGACAUCCAUUCAACAACCACUUUUCUUGGUUGAAGAGGUUGCAUUCCCCAAUCUGGAGACAUUGUUAAUCUCCUAUAUGCCUAACCUGAAAAUUAUAUGGCAUCACAAAUUUGCCCAUGGCUCUUUUACAAAGCUUCAGGUCAUGACGGUUCAAUUCUGUGGAAAUCUUAUGAAAAUCUUCCAAGUUAAUAUGCUGUCUAGAUUCCAGAGCUUGGAGACCCUUGUAGUAGAAGAUUGUGGUUCGGUACAAGAAAUAUUUGAACUACAAGGGCAAGAAGUUACGGAAACGCCAACAAUAACAGUGACUCAGUUGAAAAAAUUAAUUAUGCAUUGUCUACCGAAGUUGAAGCAUGUAUGGAAUAAGGACCCUGAAGGAACGUUCUCCUUUCCAAAUCUAGAACAAAUAUGUGCUUGGGAAUGUGAAAGUUUGAAAAGUUUGUUUCCAACCUCAGUGGCCAGAUGUCUCAAGCAACUGGAAGAUCUUCUAAUAGUUGAAUGUGGGAUUGAGGAAAUUAUUGAACAAGAAGAAGGUGCAAAAGAAGAUGCCAGGUUCGUGUUCCCUAAAUUGACUCUCUUGGUGCUUCGACAGUUGCCAAAACUCAAGUGGUUUUACCGAGGGGUGCAUACUUCAGAAUGGCCGUUAUUGAAAACCUUGGAGGUGUCUGGAUCAAAUAAAAUUCAAAUAUUUGCUUCAAAAGAAUUUAGAAUUGAAGAACCAGAUGAGCAGAGUCAACUAGAGACAUCCAUUCAACAACCACUUUUCUUGGUUGAAGAGGUUGCAUUCCCUAGUUUGGAAACAUUGACAAUCAAGCACAUGGAGAACUUGAAAAUCAUAUGGCAUGAUCAAUUAGCUGAAGAUUCCCUUUUCAAGCUUCAAUCUCUAAUUGUUGUAUACUGUGAAAAUCUUGUGAACGCCUUUGAAUCUAAUAUGCUGACAAGAUUCCAAAGUCUAGAGAGACUUGAAGUAGGUUAUUGUGGUUCACUACAAGAAGUGUUUGAACUUCAAAGGCUCGAUGUUAGAGAAUCACAUGUUGUGACAGCCAUUCCGUUGAAAAGCUUGUUAUUGCGUUGCCUACCGAAAAUGAAGCAGGUAUGGAAUAAGGACCCCGAAGGAAUUUUCAGCUUUCAAAAUCUACAAGAAAUAAGUGUUUUGGAAUGUGAGAGUCUGCAAAGUUUGUUCCCAGCAUCUGUGGCUAGAUGUCUCAUGCAAUUGGAGGAUCUUCGGAUAGCCGAUUGUGGAGUGGAGGAAAUUGUUUCACGUGAAGAAAUUGCAGAAGCAGCAGCAAGAUUUGUUUUCCCUAAAGUAACUCUCCUAGCACUUCAUAAAUUGCCAAAGCUCAAGUGGUUUUGCCGAGGAGUGCAUACUUCAGAAUGGCCAUUGCUGAAAGAUUUGGAGGUGUUUGGAUGUGAUCAAAUUGAGAUAUUUACUUCAAAAUUUUUGAACUUUCAAGAAACAGUUGAACAGAGCCAACUAGAGACCUCCACUCAACAACCCCUUUUCUUGGUUGAAGAGGGUACAUUAUUCCCUAACUUGGAGGUUUUGACAUUGGGUGGAAAUUUGAAGAUGAAGGAGAUGCAAUGUGACCAACUUUUGGAAGAGCGCUUUUACAAAUUAAAAGACCUUUCCAUAAUCGGAUAUCUAGCUGUUUCUGAUUGGAUUAAUUUUCUAAAAAGAUUACACAGUUUGGAGAAACUUUUUGUGAAGCUUACUUCUUGGGAAGAAAUAUUCCCAUAUGAACAACUUUAUGACCAGGAAAAUAAUGCUACAAUACUCGCACAACUACGAGAACUAGAGCUAUAUAAACUACCAACGUUAACACAUUUGUGGAAAGAAGACACCCAACCAAGCCCAAUUUUGUAUAAUCUGGAAAAUCUAAUAGUGUCAUUUUGUGACAAAUUGAAAAUUUUAGUACCAUCAUCAAUAUCUUUCCAAAAUUUGACAAAUCUGGAAAUACUAAAAUGUCAUGGAUUGAUUAACUUAGUUACAUCAUCAACAGCCAAAAGUUUGGUACAGCUCAAAAAAAUGAGUUUAAGUGAAUGUGAAAGGAUAACAGAAGUUGUAGUAGGAGAGGGAGGUGAAGCGAGUGAGGUGAUUACUUUCACCCAGUUGAUAUACUUAAAACUUGAUUCCUUGCCAAUCCUUGCAAGCUUUUGCUCCGAAAGUUAUUCUUUCAAUUUCCCAUCUUUGGAAGAAGUAAUUGUGAGGCAAUGCCCUAAAAUGAAGACUUUCUCUUAUGGAGCUUUAGGGACACCAAAGCUAAAAAAAGUACAAUCAACACAAGAAGAUGAAUGGCAUUGGAAGGUUGACCUGAAUACUACCAUACAUUGUCUCACACAAUAGUUCAUUGAAGAAAGGAAUUCUAAAGAUGGAGAUCAUCCAAAAUAUGCAACAGCAGGAAUGAGGCUUGGAAUUGUAGUUUGUGGUACUUGGGAUCAUGUUUCUUUCUCCUAAAAUCAUAUGCUCAGAGGGUCGUUAUCCCCAUGGUUAUGGAAAUCAAUAGAGUUCAUCCAUUUGUUGUUUAUUCUACUAGUGUUUCUUUAUUUUCUCGUUUUUCCAUAUUUAAAAAAAAGAAAAAAAGAAAAAAAGAUAGUAGUAGUAGUAGCAGUACUACUACAUCUUAUUUUUGUGAUACAUUUCUCUUUGGAGUGUUAUAAACUACCUCUUCUUGGUACAAAAAGACCAUAUGGCUAUUUGAAUGAAGUUGUGCAUACAUGCUAUUAUUUUGAUGAGUGUUAUAAACUACAUGCUAUCAUUGAGUGUCA